CUGAGGGCAAAAGCGUCCAGCAGACAGUGGAGCUCCUCACUCGGAAGCUGGAGCUGCUUGGGGCAGAGAAACAAGGAACGUUUUGUGUGGACUGUGAGACUUACCACACGGCCUCCUCCACCCUGGGCAGUCAAGGUUUCCUGCAAGGAGGGAAAGCUCUGUGUAUUUCGUUACAGAGAAAAUGAAAGAAGGAAAAAAAACAUGGGAAGCAGGAUCUGUUGUGUAUCUCAGGCUGGCCUUGAACCCAGUAGCCCAGACUCAUCUUGAACUUUCAGCAGUUCCACCACAGCCCCCCAAGUGCUGGAAUUACAGGUCAGGCCGGGAAGCUGAUGUACGUGAUGCACAACUCGGAGUUUCCCCUCAGCUGCUUCGCCCUCUUUGAGAACGGCCCUUGCCUUGUCGCUGACACCAACUUCGAUGUGCUCAUGGUGAAACUCAAAGGCUUUUUCCAGAGUGCCAAGGCCAGCAAGAUCGAGACCCGGGGCACCCGUUACCAGUACUGUGACUUCCUGGUGAAGGUGGGCACCGUCACAAUGGGGCCCAGUGCUCGUGGCAUCUCGGUGGAGGUGGAGUACUGCCCCUGUGUGGUGGCCAGUGACUGCUGGAGCCUGCUGCUGGAGUUCCUACAGAGCUUUCUGGGCAGCCACACCCCCGGGCCUCCCGCAGUGUUUGGGAGCAGACCCGACGCCGUCUACAGCCCUGCGGACACCAUGGUGCAGUACAUGGAGCUUCUCAACAAGAUUCGCAAGCAGCAGCAAGCACCAGUGGCUGGGAUCCGGUAGGGACCGGUGCCUGUGGGCUGAGCCGGCACCACGGUCAUCGGCUGGGUUCUGACACGGAAGAGCAGCUGUCAUCUGAAGUGUCACCUGGGUCCUGCCACCUGGGAUCUAAGACCCAGAAUCCUGCUCAGGAGGAGCCAUCGCAUCACACAGGACCUUGGACCCCAGCCGUUCCCAGCUGUGGCUUGUGUUCUAGGGCUCUGGCCUCCCCUCCCUGACCCGGCAACAGCUGUUUCCACCCAUGCCUGUCCACAGAACGGUGGUUGAAGAACGGGGAAGCUCGCGCCUUUGCUGCCGCUGGGGAGAAGGUAGGACAGGGUGUCUGCCGGCACUGGAGGAGAAAGCAGUGUGUCCCAGCGUCUGAGGAUCAGCAGCCCCUGUGCCAUGUUGCAGCCCAUGUGGGCACAGAGCUCUGCUCCGUACUCUCUGGCCUCCCUGGUGAUGGAGGGAGGGGUGCCUCCACAGGCUGACUGAUCUGCUGACUAUGCUGAUUGGUGAACAUGCUCCUGGGGCCUUUGAAUUCCUUUUUGUUCAGAAUUAUGUAAAACACAGGCUGUACUGUCACAACCAGAAGCACAGGGGCUCUAGUAGCUAUUCUACUUUUCUCUUACCUAAGAAUGCAUGGGUAAUCACAUGGCCCAGGGGUAAUUUAGUUACAGGGUCAUCAGGAACCAGGUUGCCGGUAUCUUGAUCCUCAGCCACUCAGAAUGUUGGCUUUUCACACAAACCCAAGCCAGCUCUGUCUCUGUGAUCACAUUCUGCUGAGGAAGAGAAUGCAGUUUCUUGUAAGUGUGACCCUGUUGUAAAGCCAAAUGCACAAGGUGGUGCGUGUGUCUACAGUUCGUUUGCAGUGGCUAGAGGCUCUGGCGUACCCAUUCUCUCUCAAGUAAAUAAAAUAUUUUAAAAAAGUAA